ACUGCGUUGUUUGGCAACCCCCGUGAAAUGGUCGUUCGACCCCAAAUGGGGUCCCGACCCACAGGUGGGGAACCACUGCCUUAGGUAAUCUCGUUCUUCCUUUUUUUCCUAUUUUACUACUUUUGUAAUCUAAUUUUUCAUUCACAAUCGCAUUAAAGCCUCCUACUAAACAACUAUUUUGAUAUUCCAUUUCCAAUAUUCUCCUGUGUUUAUUGUUUGGUGCAUAUAUUGCUACUAUCAACAUCUUUUUUUGAUUUAUCGUCAUUUCCACCCUCAGAAUUUUUCCUUCUUCCUUCAAGGUCCCUUCCAACUCUGUUAUUCUGUUAUCCAUCAGUUAAAGCCACCACAUCUCUAAAAUUAGCUCAAAAGCUUUGACUGUAAACUAUUUUGGGACAAUUUUCCAGCUUGAAAGACAUAGAUUUUCUCCAUAUAUAUUUUUGUAGGAGUGUGUAUCUCUAUGUGUAUUUCUCUCUGCAUGCAUAUAUCUGGAUAUAUUUGAUGAUAACCUUUUGUGUUCCUAAGGAUUUGUGAUUGACUGAAGUCAACAAGAAAUUUUACCCAAAUCAACAACUGAAUUUGAUUGAAUGGAUAUUUGAACAUGGAUGUAUUCCAUGUAUCAGAUGAAUCAUAAACAAUAAAAGAGGAUGGGAAGAUGAACCCUCAGGACAGCUAAGAAUAACAAGCAACAUUGAAAAGGAAAGCAAAUUGAGCCAGAAAUCAAAAUAUUUUCCAUUUCCUUCAGAAAACCACACAAUUCUCCCACUCCUCCAGCAGCUCUUAGGAAAAAAGAGAGAAAAUCAAGAAAGAUUUUAAACUGGAAUAAGUAGAUUAUUCAGAACUCAAGGAUACAUUACAUGAAAAGUGAAGGGGGAUUAUUUUUAAUUCAGUAAAAGAGGGAAAUAUCUGGAAGUCAGUUGGAGGAAAAGGUGAGUAGGAAAGUCACGUAGAGCAGAGAGCCAUGCAGGCCUUGCCCUGUGAGGGAGAAAACGGCUUGAAAGAAAGUACCACUAAACAAGGGAUUGUCUGUAUUUUUUACUUCCUCAAGAAUACCAGCUGUGGAAAAGCUCCGUACUUGUGUCUAUUAUUAGAAAAGCACGGAUUCCAAAUCACAACUGAUUAUGCACAAGAGGACCCACACAAGAGAAAAGCCAUAAAAGCACUCCUAGUGCAGUAAAUGCUUUAGUGAGCAUGGCAACGUGGUGAUACAUCAGAGGAUUCACAACAGGGAGAAAACCUAGAAUUGUACUGAUUGUGUGAAAGUUUCAUUAGAAAUUCCCAUGUCAUGAGAUACCAGAGGACUCACACACGAGAGAAAUCCUUUGAAUGUCUUGAUUGACGGAAAGGUUUCAGUCACAAGUCCAACCUUGUGAGACACCAGAGGAUUCAUACAGGAGAGAAACCAUAUGUGUCCACUUUGUGGGGAAGGCUUUAUUGCAAAUUCUGUCCUGAUAAAACACCAGAGGACUCACAUAGGAGAGAAACCCUUUGAAUGUCCUAUCUGUGGGAAACGUUUCAGUCACAUGUCCAACCUGGUGAUACACCAGAGGAUUCACACUGGAGAGAAACCCUUUGAAUGUCCUGAUUGUGGGAAACGUUUCAGUAGCUAUUCCAACCUGGUGACACACCAGAGGACUCACACAGGAGAGAAACCCUUUCAAUGUCCUGAAUGUAGGAAAAGUUUCAGUUGUAAUUACCACCUGGUGAGACACCAGAGGACUCACACAGGAGAGAAACCUUUUGAAGGUCCUGAUUGUGGGAAAAGUUUCAGUCAGAAUUCCAGCCUUGUGAAACACCAGAUGACUCACACAGGAGAGAAACCCUUUGAAUGUGUUAUCUGUGGGAAUAGUUUCAGUCGCAAGUCCAACCUGGUGAUACACCAGAGAACUCAUACAGGAGAGAAACCUUUUGAAUGUCCUGAUUGUGGGAAACGUUUCAGUCACAGUUCCAGCCUGGUGAUACACCAGAGGACUCAUACAGGAGAGAAACCCUUUGAAUGUCCUGAUUGUGGGAAAGGUUUCAGUUUCAGAUCCAACCUUGUGAAACACCAGAGGACUCAUACAGGAGAGAAACCCUUUGAAUGUCCUGAUUGUGGGAAAGGUUUCAGUUUCAAAUCCAACCUUGUGGAACACCAGAGGGCUCACACAGGAGAGAAACCCUUUGAAUGUCCUAUCUGUGGGAAAAGUUUCAGUUACAAUUCCUACCUGCUGAGACACCAGAGGACUCACACAGGAGAGAAAUGCUUUGAAUGUUCUAUCUGUGGGAAAAGUUUCAGUUGCAGUUCCGACCUCGUGAGACACCAGAGGACUCACACAGGAGAGAAACCCUUUGAAUGUCCUGAUUGUGGGAAAGGUUUCAGUUUCAAAUCCAACCUUGUGGAACACCAGAGGGCUCACACAGGAGAGAAACCCUUUGAAUGUCCUAUCUGUGGGAAAAGUUUCAGUUGCAAUUCCCAGCUGGUGAGACACCAGAGGACUCACACAGGAGAGAAACCCUUUGAAUGUCCUGAUUGUGGGAAAGGUUUCAGUUGCAAUUCCCAGCUGGUGAAACACCAGAGGACUCAUACAGGAGAGAAACCCUUUGAAUGUCCUGAUUGUGGGAAAUGUUUCAGUAGCUAUUCCAACCUGGUGACACACCAGAGGACUCACACAGGAGAGAAACCCUUUGAAUGUCCUGAUUGUGGGAAAAGUUUCAGUCAGCAUUCCAGUCUGGUAAUACACCAGGGGACUCACACAGGAGAGAAACCCUUUAAAUGUCCUGAUUGUGGGAAAAGCUUCAAUCACAAGUCCAACCUGGUGACACACCAGAGGACUCACACAGGAGAAAAACCCUUUGAAUGUCCUGAUUGUAGGAAAAGUUUCAGUUGCUCCUCCACCCUUGUGACACACCAGAGGACUCACACAGGAGAGAAACCCUUUGAAUGUCCUGAUUGUGGGAAAAGUUUCAGUUUCAAUUCCCUCCUGGUGACACACCAAAGGACUCACACAGGAGAGAAACCCUUUGAAUGUCUUAUCUGUGGAAAACAUUUCAGUAACAAUUCCAACCUGGUGACACACCAGAGGACUCACACAGGAGAGAAACCCUUUGAAUGUCCUGAUUGUGGGAGAAGUUUCAGUCAUAAUUCCAGCCUUGUGACACACCAGAGGACUCACACAGGAGAGAAACCCUUUGAAUGUCCUGAAUGUAGGAAAAGUUUCAGUCGUAAUUACCACCUGGUGAGACACCAGAGGACUCACACAGGGGAGAAAUCUUUCAAAUGUCCUAUCUGUGGACGAGGUUUGUGUGCAAAGUGGCUUUUCCUUGUGAAACACCAGAGGACUCACACAGGAGAGAAACCCUUUGAAUGUCCUGAUUGUGGGAAAAGUUUCAGUCAGAAUUCCAGCCUUGUGAAACACCAGAUGACUCACACAGGAGAGAAACCCUUUGAAUGUGUUAUCUGUGGGAAUAGUUUCAGUCGCAAGUCCAACCUGGUGAUACACCAGAGGACUCAUACAGGAGAGAAACCUUUUGAAUGUCCUGAUUGUGGGAAACGUUUCAGUCAGAAUUCCAGCCUGGUGAUACACCAGAGGACUCAUACAGGAGAGAAACCUUUUGAAUGUCCUGAUUGUGGGAAAAGUUUCAGUCACAAAUGCAGCCUGGUGAUACACCAGAGGACUCACACAGGAGAGAAACCCUUCAAAUGUCCUGAUUGUGGGAAAAGUUUCAGUUAUAAUUCCAGCCUUGUGAUACACCAGAGGACUCACACACGAGAGAAACCCUUUGAAUGUCCUGAUUGUGGGGAAAGUUUCAGUCACAAUUCCAGCCUUGUGAAACACCAAAGGACUCACACAGGAGAGAAACCCUUUAAAUGUCCUGAUUGUGGGGAAAGUUUCAGUCACAAUUCCAGCCUUGUGAAACACCAAAGGACUUCCACAGGAGGGAAACUCUUUGAAUGUCCUGAUUGUGGGAAAAGUUUCAAUCAGAAUUACAACCUUGUGAAACACCAAAGGACUCACACAGGAGAGAAACCCUUUGAAUGUGCUAUCUGUGGGAAUAGUUUCAGUCACAAGUACAACCUGGUGAUACACCAGAGGACUCACACAGGAGAGAAACUUUUUGAAUGUCCUGAUUGUGGGAAUAGUUUCAGUCGCAAGUUCCACCUGGUGAGACAUCAGAGUAUUCACACAGGAGAGAAACCCUUUGAAUGUCCUGAUUGUGGGAAAAGUUUCAGUCACAAAUCCAGCCUGGUGAUACACCAGAGGACUCACACAGGAGAGAAACCGUAUGAAUGUCUUGAUUGUGGGGAAAGUUUCAGUCUGAAUUCCAGCCUUUUGAAACACCAAAGGACUCACACAGGAGAGAAACCGUAUGAAUGUCCUAUUUGUGGGAAAGAUUUCAGUGAGAAUUCCAGCCUUGUGAGACACCAGAGGAUUCACACAGGAGAGAAACCCUUUGAAUGUCCUGAUUGUGGGAAAAGUUUCAAUCAGAAUUCCAGCCUUGUGAUACAUCAGAGCGCUCACACAGGAGAGAAACCAUAUGAAUGUCCUGAUUGUGGGAAAAGUUUCAGUGAGAAUUCCAACCUUGUGAGACACCAGAGGAUUCACACAGGAGAGAAACCCUUUGAAUGUCCAGAUUGUGGGAAAAGAUUCAGUCACAAUUCCAGCCUUGUGAAGCACCAGAGGACUCACAGAGGAGAGAAACUCGUUAAAUCUCCUGAUUGUGGGAAAGGUUUCAGUGAGAAUUCCAGCCUUGUGAAUCACCAGAGGACUCACACAGGAGAAAAACCCUUUGUCCUGAUUGUGGGAAAUAUUUCACUGAUAAAUCCAGUGUUGCUAUGGACGUUAGGUGAAGGGAAUUCGCUCAGAGUUGCCUCAAACAGUGAGAUGGGCAGUGAUUAAGUUUAAUAAUGAAUGAAUUUAAUAAUAAAAAGAUAAUGUAAAGCUCAUUA